AUGGUAUGCCUACAAAAGGAUAAAGGUGGGCUGGGAAUCAAAGACAUAAGAACUUUCAAUGCAGCUUUGUUGGGGAAGUGGAGGUGGGAACUCUUCCACAAACAGAACGAAUCAUGGGCCAAAGUGAUUGACUCAAAAUAUGGUGGAUGGAGGUCAUUGGAGGAUGGAAGAACAGGUACUCAUGACUCAAUAUGGUGGAAGGACCUAGUCUCAAUUCACAACCACCAGCAAAAUAGUGCCUUUAAAAAGGAAACAUCUUGGAAGGUGGGCGGUGGUCAGAAAUUUAGGUUUUGGGAAGAUCCAUGGACAGCUGAUGAAAUGCCACUAAUGGACAAAUAUCCUAGGAUGUAUCAUAUCUCAUGCCAACAAAAGCAAUUGAUCAUGCAGAUGGGGAGUAGUACGGAUAAUGGGUGGGAAUAG